AGGGGUUGGCGGCUCCACCUGGAGCUUCCGCCGACGGCGAAUUCCCGCCAGAUAAAGGGGGACCCACCUGAAGACAACGCGGAAACUUCUUGCAGUAGGACCCGAUGAGAGAGUGAUUCACAUAUUCGUCGUUGUCAUCCCCACGCUCUUUCAUGCUCCCUCUUUCAAAUAUCUUCGAUUAUAUGGAAUCUUGUGUCUCCGCUGCUUCUGGUUUCCAUUCCUCAGAAUUCGUUCGCCUCUUCUUCUUUUUCUCUCGUCUUCUCCCCACACCACUCAUCUCUCUCCUUUCCUGUCUACUUGCACACUCUAUCUCAUCUACUACACCCAACAAGGAAACGGCACAAUCCAUUUUUGUGAUUCGAAUUUCUAUCCUUUGAAAUUGCACGGUUUCAUGCUUCUUUUAGCCAACCACUACCACCUUCGUUAGCAAUAUUGACAUGUCCGGACCACUUGAUCGGAAAUAUCUCUAUUCCUCUAUUUAAUGUGUCAGACAUUUAAUUAUGCCUUCUGAAUUGCUUAUCUUGGGGUUUGUAAUGCAUGUGGAUUAUUUUCUUCCACCUCAGUUCGUUUAUUAAUGAAUGGAAUGCAUCAACCAGAAGCCUUUUUGGUGGAUGCUUAUAAUCGGGAAAUCUGAUCGUUAAAUUCCUCUGACUGUUUGUGGACCAAGGGGGAUUGACGCUUGAAUGAGCUGAAUUUUACUACACGGAUAUUCAGAUAAUCAAUGAACUUCACGGUUUUUGUAGAAUUUAUCGUUAAAAUCUUGAUAGUAUCUUCUAUAUGAUCUUGAGAUGGGAAGGCCUAUCUUUUAUUAAUGCUUCCCAGCUUUGAAGGAUUCUCGGGUCAUGAUGAAAGAAAAGAGAGGAAGUCAGAUUUCGAGAAUUCAGAGGAUGAUAGGCGGACAAGAUUCGGAAGUCUGAAAAAGAAAGCAAUAAAUGCGUCCAGCAAAUUCAGGCAUUCUCUUAAGAAGAGAGGAAGGAAAAAAAGUGCCAUUCCGAGCAAUGCCAUCUCCAUUGAGGAUGUCCGAGACGUUGAGGAGCUUCAAGCAGUGGACGCAUUUCGACGGGCACUUUUGUCAGAUAACUUGUUGCCUCCCGGACAUGAUGACGAUCAUAUGUUGUUGAGAUUCUUGAAAGCAAGAAAAUUUGAUAUUGAGAAAGCAAAGCAAAUGUGGGCCAACAUGAUUCAAUGGAGGAAAGAAUUUGGCACUGACACAAUCAUGGAGGAUUUUGAGUUCCAUGAGUUAAAAGAAGUUCUGAAAUAUUACCCACAAGGUUAUCACGGUGUGGAUAAGGAAGGAAGACCUCUUUAUAUUGAGAGGCUGGGCAAAGUCGAUCCCAAUAAGCUCAUGCAAGUAACAACUAUGGAAAGGUAUCUGAGGUACCAUGUGCAGGGUUUUGAGAAAACAUUUGCUGUUAAGUUUCCAGCUUGUUCUAUUGCUGCAAAGAGAUACAUAGAUUCAAGUACAACAAUAUUGGAUGUUGAGGGGGUGGGUUUCAAAAACCUAACAAAGUCCGCACGAGAACUAAUCACGCGGCUGCAGAAGAUUGAUGGUGACUACUAUCCAGAAACGCUGUGCCGAAUGUUUAUCAUAAACGCUGGUCCUGGUUUCAAGCUCCUCUGGAACACAGUCAAAUCAUUUCUUGAUCCUAAAACCACUUCGAAAAUUCAUGUUCUUGGCAACAAGUUCCAGAGUAAAUUACUUGAAGUUAUUGAUGCAAGUGAGCUGCCAGAAUUUCUAGGUGGUAACUGUACAUGUGCAGAUCAGGGUGAUUGCAUGAAGUCUGAUAAAGGUCCAUGGCAAGACCCCGACAUUUUAAAGAUGGUUCUUAGCGGUGAAGUACAAUGUUCUAGCCAGAUAGUUUUAGUUUCUAAUGAUGAAGGGAGGGUGAUUCAAUGUGACAAGACAUCUUAUCCAAUGAUAAGAAGCAUUGAUGCAUCAGCAGAAUCAGGAUCUGAAGUUGAAGAUAUUGCUUCUCCAAAAGCAAGUGGGAAUAAUGUAAACCCUAGGUUGACUCCUGUACAUGAAUAUGCUAGAAUGAUUGGUGCGGCUAGUCAUUCUUGUGGUUUCUAUGAGUAUGAUGAGUAUGUUUCCAUGGUUGACAAGGCUGUUGAUGUUGGGGGGAAGGAGAAGCAAGUGGCACCUCAAAGCUCAGAGGGGUUAACAGAUACAUGUUCGCUACGUACAAAAAAAUCUUCUCAUGGAAUUGGUGCUUGUAUCUGGGCUGUCAUAAUGGGCUUCUUUGUUGCCCUCUUUAAUGUUAUGCGUUCACUGGCAUUUUGUGUAACCAAGGAAAGUCGGAGAUCUAUAUCUGAUUCUGCUCAAAAUGUUCCUAACAUGACGGUUGUUGAAUCAAUGCCCAAGGAGGAAUCUCCACCUGGCGGAGGGUUCACAAAGGCGGACUUCUCAUCUGCCUUGGAUCGGCUGCGUGAACUUGAAGUGACAGUUGGCAUGCUACAGUCAAAACCUAACAAAAUGCCUUACGAGAAAGAAGAGAUGCUGAAUGCUGCAGUUUAUCGAGUGGAUGCACUGGAGGCUGAGCUGAUUGCUACGAAGAAGGCCUUCUACGAAGCUUUAAUAAGACAAGAAGAACUUCUGGCAUAUAUAGACAGUCGAGAAAAAUCCACAUUUAAUAAAAGGAAGGGUUGCUGGUGAAGAGAUAUUGGACAGACGGGACCUUAGUGAAAUGCCUGAUUUUGCUCUGCUGAUUAUCUUUUCAAUGUCAAACAGGUCAAUCUUAACAUCCAUUGUCGGCCGCGCCUAGAAUUAGCGUGGCCUUCCUCUCUUCUUCUUCUUAUUAUUUUUUUUUGCUCCCACUUUUAUAUGGGAAAAAUUCUAACUAAAUAAAUGCCACCAAGAUUGGAAAACCCGAAUAGUGAGCUCAAUUUUUAUGAUCUCAAAUCAGUCCACAUAUAUCAAAAUGCAAUUUAGAAAUAUUGUAUUUUUCUCUCCACAUGACCUGGAAUGGGGCUGUAAAAUUUUCUUAUAUUCCUUGUAAAAUUUUUAAUUUGUAUUGUAAA